AUGGGAGGAAAUCUUUGGUUCGUCGGUGUUUUCGCGACGUUUGCGUUGUUUAUAACAAUAGAAACGACCUCGAGUGAUUUGGGAUUCGGUAAAGAGAAUUUUAAAAAAUUGAACGCGAUCGAUCCUGUGGAAAAAGCUGCGAAGAGAUACAAACAUGAUUCGGUGGAGGAAAAGGGAGCAUUGGAAAUCGAAGAACAGCGCAUCGUGGAUGAUACAAUAGAGAACGCGAAUGUGUCUCGGGAUAUUUCGAGAAACGGAUACAAAGUCGCGAAGAAAAACUACAAGAAGUUGAAAUUGGCCCAGAUUCAAACCGGUUAUAGCGAUGCAAAGAACAAAGGACGCUCGAGCGACCGAAACCUCGUGGAAGCAAUGGAUUUGCCUGAAAAAGUAAUCGAAAGACGAAACGCGAAUUACACCGGCGACAGAGAGGCGUCGGUUUACAAUAAAGAAUUUAUGCAGAGUCGUAAACAAUACGCGAACGAUCUGGCGCGUAGACAAAUACUUAUAGACCAGCUUCGCGCUCGACAGCGUAUGAUGUUCGAGCAGUAUGAAAAGGAGAAAUCUACGACACCGAAGUACAGUGACCACGAUUUGAAGAAUCGAGCAAACAAUAAUAAAUCUUCGAACGUCAAACGCGAGAACAAAAUUGUUUAUGGAACGAAUGGUACUAAUAAUCAGAUGUCGGUAGAGAAGAAUGGGGAAGACUAUGAAUAUUACGAGUACGAGAGCGAGGAAGAAGAAGACACUGUUCGUACUACGGAAGCCAUUGUUGUCACGAUGACACCAAUCCCCAAGAAACUUGACGCUACCCAAUGGGGCAAGUGUGAUCGUGACAUAGGCAGAUUACUGUACCAGCACAACGUGGUCCUAUCCAUAGUGAAGGGCGCAACAACCGAAACGAACGUUGGAAUAUCGGUGGACGAUUUCUACAGCGUCACCUGCGUAAAAGUAAGCCCACCCGCGGAGAGCGAAAUAAUCGCGACGUUCGAGGUCGCUCGCGGUGAAAACGACGUAAUCGAAAAUGUCAAGAUCAUAGUAAACGGGCUCGAAGACGGGGAGCUCACGUUCUCCAUUAAAGUCUGGGUCGCUAGAAAGAACAGCAAUCAUUGCAGAGGCGGUUGUUGAACAGUCUUCAUAAAUUUUAUAAUUAAAUC